AUGAAGACCGAAGACACCAUCGAAAUGGAGAGUCAGUCCGUGUUUGACAAUCACCUGCUGUUGGAGCAGAUCUUCCGUCACAUCGGAUCCAUACGACACCUGAAGAGCACAUCCCGUGUCUGCAAACUGUGGCACAACUGUUGCGACCGCGAAGUCCGCCACCGAUGCCAUCGACGGCUCACUCAUCACCUCUUCUACUGCUUUCCCGUCGAGUCGUCCGUCUCUUCCGACCUCAAGAGCGACGACAACCCCAACGACGACAAGCCGUUUGUGUUGACCGACGGCCAGGCGGUGGUCGACCGCAUCGGCCAUUACUACAAGAAUGGUCUGCAACUGAUCCCACAAUUGGUGGUCAUGUUUAACGCCAAACUGAGUCGCGACGACGGCUCCUAUUCGGCCCUCAAUCUCGACACUUACCGCCGAUUUCUGCCCAAAGAGUGUCUGUUUAUACGUCUGGAGAAUCAGACAAUAAUCGGCACUUCAGACCACAACCGCUCUCCAUAUCCGGCGGCCAACGGUUUGGCCGGCAUUUCGCACCUAUUGAUGGCCAAAACCAGCGGCCUAUCGAUCGACGUGUAUUACGAUCAAGAGAUUUGCCAAUCACUGAGAGCUGAUCCGGACAUCAAAUGCAUUUUGUAUUACGAGUCGUGUAAAGACUUUGACCGAAAGGACAGCGCCGGUCACUACAUGUGGAGUAACUGUAAUCAUCACAUGUGGGAUGUGAUGAAAGAGCUGAAGUACAAGUUGGCGUUCGGCGGCACUCGUGUGGCCGCCAUUGACGUGAGUCGCGGUCACGAGCCGUCGUCUGAGGCCACGAAGCCGUUCGCGUGUGUUGUGAUCCGCGGGCCGACUGUCAGCGCCUGUAGUAUUGAGAUGAAGACGGGAAGCGCUGAGUCGACGAAACGCCUGUUGACUGAAUUCAAGUCGCGGCUCGGCUUCGACGCCGACGACCACCGACUGUCCACAACCGUGGCGUUUGUCUUCUGCCGCAUCAUUCCCUACCGUUUCAACCGUUACUGUCAUUUCAAAGAGGGUGAGUCGUCGCAACUGAUCCACGAAGUGUUCCCUAACGUUGUGUUCGCUGGUGUCAUAAGUGUCAUCAACUUUGGCCACGACUUCUGGCCCGCACUACCAUUCAAGUCCGAUGAGGACAGCAAUUAUAGGACAACACUAUUUGACAGCACUAUUAUUAUAAGAGUCGCUCUGGAAUGGAUAUCUGGAGGCGGUUGCCAGGAAUGCCUUCACAACGAACUCAAUCACAGGAUUGCCGACAAUUACGGGUUGUGUUCAACGCAUUCAUUAGUGAAUAAUGGCUUAAUAAUGGAGAAUAUCUUCAAGUGGUUAGAAAUCUCUGAACUGAUUAAAUGCUCCGAUGUUUGCCUUAAAUGGAGAAAAUCUAUGGAUGAAGUCAUCGAUUCCUACAAUCAUUAUCUGUCGAGCAAUCGAUUAAAUGAAUUCAAAUUUAUUAUUGUUUUCUCGAAACUGGAUUUCAAUCAAAUGCAAGAAUUUCUCGCUAAUCAACGCAUACCUAAUGAUUGUACUGUUGUUCACAUUAAUUGCCGAAACGAAGUGAUUGGCACUCAAGAGGUGGUGCCGAGGAGUGGACGGUCUGUGGCCGCCAAUCAUCAUAUUGAAUACGAGUCCGAUUUUGAUCUACUAUCGGGAAUAUCAACCCUUUUUAUGUCGAGAGCGAUGCCUGGGAUUGAAGUGCUUUUGUACAGAGACUCGACAAUACUUGAUCUGAAAUUUGAUGCUCAACUCAAAUGUAUUGUUGUGUUUCACAUUCAACGAUCAUUUUAUGGACACUUCAGUCGAUUAAAAACCGACAGUCAGUACUUGGAAUAUUUGGAGCAAUUAAUCCAUGAUUGUAACAAUAAUAAUACCGUAGCGUUUGGUGGGGUCACUGUUGACCGACUGGCCUCCGCCCAGACCACACAUUCCGACCGCGAUAUAAUCUAA